AGGCCCCGCGCCGGCCGGGGGUUUUGCAGCUGCUCCGUCAUCGUGCGGCCCGAGCGAGCGAGCGCGCGUGCAGCCAGGCCCCGGCUCGGCUCCUGGUCUCCGGCGCGAGGGCUCACGCGAGGCCCCGGCUUCGCUCCCCGGACAAGGCCGCCACCCCGGGCGCCAUGAAACAGGAGGGCUCGGCGCGGCGCCGCGGCGCGGACAAGUCGAAGCCGCCACCCGGCGGAGGGGAACAGGAGCCGCCGCCGCCCCCGGCCCCCCAGGACGUGGAGAUGAAAGAGGAGGCCGCCCCGGGGGUCCCCUCCGCCCGGGAGGCGGACGGCAAGGCGGCCACGGCGGCGGCCGAGCACUCCCAGCGCGAGUUGGACACCGUCACCUUGGAGGACAUCAAGGAGCAUGUGAAACAGCUGGAGAAGGCCGUGUCCGGCAAGGAGCCCCGGUUUGUGCUUCGGGCCCUGCGGAUGCUGCCCUCCACGUCCCGCCGCCUCAACCACUAUGUCCUGUAUAAGGCUGUCCACGGCUUCUUCACCUCCAAUAAUGCCACUCGAGACUUCUUGCUGCCCUUUCUAGAGGAGCCCAUGGACACAGAAGCCGAUUUACAGUUCCGUCCUCGAACAGGGAAAGCCGCAUCCACGCCUCUCCUGCCUGAAGUGGAAGCGUAUCUACAGCUCCUCGUCGUCAUUUUCCUGAUGAACAGCAAACGCUACAAAGAGGCCCAGAAGGUCUCCGAUGACUUGAUGCAGAAGAUCAGCGCUCAGAACCGCCGGGCCCUGGACCUUGUGGCCGCCAAGUGUUACUAUUACCACGCCCGAGUCUAUGAGUUCCUAGACAAGCUGGAUGUGGUGCGCAGCUUCCUGCACGCCAGGCUCCGGACAGCCACCUUACGGCACGACGCCGACGGCCAGGCCACCCUGCUGAACCUGCUGCUGCGAAACUACCUGCACUACAGCCUGUACGACCAGGCUGAGAAGCUGGUGUCCAAGUCCGUGUUUCCUGAGCAGGCCAACAACAAUGAGUGGGCCCGGUACCUGUACUACACAGGGCGCAUCAAAGCCAUCCAGUUAGAGUACUCUGAGGCUCGGCGGACAAUGACCAAUGCCCUUCGCAAGGCUCCACAGCACACGGCCGUGGGCUUCAAACAGACGGUGCACAAGCUGCUUAUCGUGGUGGAGCUGCUGCUGGGAGAGAUCCCGGACCGGCUGCAGUUCCGGCAACCGUCGCUCAAGCGCUCACUCAUGCCCUACUUCCUGCUGACCCAGGCUGUCAGGACAGGAAACCUCGCCAAGUUCAACCAAGUCCUGGAUCAGUUUGGGGAGAAGUUUCAAGCAGAUGGAACCUACACCUUAAUCAUCCGACUGCGGCACAAUGUCAUCAAGACAGGUGUACGCAUGAUCAGUCUCUCCUAUUCCCGAAUCUCCCUGGCUGACAUCGCCCAGAAGCUGCAGCUGGACAGCCCAGAGGAUGCUGAGUUCAUUGUGGCUAAGGCAAUCCGUGAUGGGGUUAUCGAGGCCAGCAUCAACCAUGAGAAGGGCUACGUGCAGUCCAAGGAAAUGACAGACAUCUACUCCACACGGGAGCCACAGCUCGCCUUCCACCAGCGCAUCUCCUUCUGCCUGGACAUCCACAACAUGUCUGUCAAGGCCAUGAGAUUUCCUCCCAAAUCGUACAACAAGGACUUGGAGUCCGCGGAGGAGCGACGGGAGCGGGAGCAGCAGGACCUGGAGUUUGCCAAGGAGAUGGCGGAAGACGACGAUGACAGCUUUCCUUGAGGGGCCAGGGACUGGGUGGAGUGGGGACGGCUCUGUUUUUCCCGUGGCUCCAGCCCCUUCCCCAUACACGGCUCACAGACUGCGCAUAUGUACAGGGUGGAGGGAUGAGGGUGCAGGGACUAGCACCCCUACCUCACCUGGGACCGAUGGGGGAGGGCCUCCAGGGCAGGGUCCUGGCCAGCAGUGUGAGCAACAGGAUGGGGGCCCUGAGCUCCCGCAGGGAGGAGGGACUGGACUGGGGAACAUGCAAUGGGUGUAUGUUUUUUGAAGCUUCAAUUAUGAUUUUUAAACAAUAAAAGGUUCUCCAGA